GGAGGGAGACCUGGCGGGCGGUGGCGAGGAAGGGAGGCGGGCACUGGAGCGGGCGCGGGAGCGGGCGCAGGCGGCUGGCCAUGAUCGCGUCGUGCCUGUGUUACCUGCUGCUGCCGGCCGCGCGCCUUUUCCGCGCCCUCUCAGAUGCUUUCUUCACAUGUCGAAAAAAUGCCUUCCUGGCGAAGAGCUCGUCCCCCCAGGUAGACGGCGACUUUGCCAUGGCCCCUCGGGGCCCCGACCAGGAGGAGUGUGAGGGCCUGCUGCAGCAGUGGCAAGAAGAAGGGUCAAGCCAGGCACUCUCAACUGUGAGCGAGGGUCUGCUUGUAGAUAAGGGAGUAGCCGAGAGCAGCCUGGCGCACCUGAUGGAUAAUCCUGGAGAACAGGAUGCUGCUUCAGAAGACAAGUGGUCCAGCAGGCAGCUGAGUGACCUGUGGGCAGCAGAGAACCUGGAGGAGCCUUUCCCUGAGGUGCUAGGAGAGGAGCCACUGCCAGAGGUCGAGGGCCCAAUGUGGGCAGAAGUCCCGGUGCAGACUGGCCCCCAGUAUGCAGACUGUGCUGUCCUCCCAGUGGGUGCCCUGGCUGCAGAGCAGUGGGAAGAGGACCCCGCAGUGGUGGCCUGGAGCAUAGCACCGGAGCCUGUGCCCCAGGAAGAGGCUCCCAUCUGGCCCUUUGAGGGCCUGGGGCAGUUGCAGCCUCCCCCAGUGGAAAUCCCAUAUCAUGAAAUCUUGUGGCGAGAAUGGGAGGAUUUCUCCACUCAGCCAGAUGCUCAGGGCCUGGAGGCGGGGGAUGGCCCUCAGUUCCAGUUCACUCUGAUGUCCUAUAACAUCCUGGCUCAGGACCUGAUGCAGCAGAGCUCAGAGCUCUAUCUGCAUUGCCAUCCAGACAUCCUCAGUUGGAACUACCGCUUUGCGAAUCUCAUGCAGGAAUUCCAGCACUGGGAUCCCGAUAUCUUGUGUCUCCAGGAAGUCCAGGAAGACCAUUACUGGCAGCAGCUGGAGCCCUCUCUGAGAAUGAUGGGCUUUACCUGUUUCUACAAGAGGAGGACCGGGUGUAAGACAGAUGGCUGUGCUGUCUGCUACAAGCCCACGCGAUUCCGUCUGCUCUGCGCCAGCCCUGUGGAGUACUUUCGGCCUGGCUUGGAGCUCCUCAAUCGGGACAAUGUGGGCUUAGUGUUGCUGCUGCAGCCACUAGUCCCAGAAGGCCUGGGGCAAGUCUCAGUGGCCCCCUUAUGUGUGGCAAAUACUCACGUCCUGUACAACCCACGUCGGGGUGAUGUCAAGCUAGCCCAGAUGGCCAUUUUCUUGGCUGAAGUGGACAAGGUGGCCAGGUUGUCAGAUGGCAGCCACUGCCCCAUCAUCUUGUGUGGGGACCUGAAUUCUGUCCCUGAUUCACCUCUUUACAACUUCAUCAGGGAUGGAGAACUCCAGUACCAUGGGAUGCCGGCCUGGAAGGUAUCUGGACAGGAAGACUUCUCCCAUCAGCUUUAUCAGAGGAAGCUGCAGGCCCCACUAUGGCCCAGCUCCCUGGGCAUCACUGAUUGCUGUCAGUAUGUCACCUCCUGUCACCCCAAGAGAUCAGAGAAACGUAAGUAUAGCCGAGACUUCCUGCUACGUUUCCGCUUCUGCAGCAUCGCCUGUCAGCGACCUGUAGGACUGGUUCUUAUGGAAGGAGUGACAGAUACUAAGCCAGAGCGACCUGCUGGCUGGGCUGAGCCUGUCGUUGAGGAAGACAUAUCUGAGCCUGAGCCUGACUUCCCCAGGACUGUAGGCACCAUCCAGCACUGCCUCCACCUGACCUCGGUAUAUACUCAUUUCCUGCCCCGGCAUGGCCGCCCAGAGGUCACCACAAUGCCCUUGGGUCUUGGAAUGACAGUAGAUUACAUCUUCUUCUCAGCUGAGUCCUGCGAGAAUGGGAACAGAGCUGAUCGCAGGCUUUGUCACGAUGGAACUCUCAAGCUCCUGGGCCGGCUCUCCCUCCUCUCUGAAGAGAUCCUCUGGGCUGCCAAUGGCUUACCCAACCCCUUCUGCUCUUCAGACCACCUCUGCCUACUGGCCAGCUUCGAGAUGGAAGUCACCGCCCUAUGACGGUCUCCCAGGGGAAGAGAGCUUCUCUUCCAGAAGAGCCACCUGGAUCAGAGACUGUGGAAAUAUCCCAUGCUUCUGGAAACUUAGCUCCAAGAAACUUACGUCCCCUCUCCUCCCCUCCCCUCCUUGUUCCCUUUCUCCCAUGGCUAGAUUUCCUCCAGGCCUGUCCACAUUCUCUGCCUGUGGUCCCUGCCCCGCCCCAGCCUCUUCCUAAACCUGUGCCACAUACUGGGUGGCCCUGGGAGAGGCGGAAGGGGGGGUUCCCCCUUCCUUCCAUGUAUCCAGCGCUCCCCCUUGAUUUUUAAUUACCAGGGUUGCGGGAGCUAUUGAUCUCAUUGCUUAUUUGUAUUCAGGCCGUUUCUUGGUGGGGUGCCUUCUGACCUGACCUUCUCCCUGCCUGAGACCCCUGGGCCCAGCCCUCUUGCCAGACACACACGCAUGAGAUGUGUGUUGUGUGUACAUCCUCUCGGGGUGGGACUGCUCUGCGUAGUCAUGCCUGUCUCUGACUAGCCCACUUUCCACAUUGGGGCUGUCAGCCUAGGGGCAGGUGGAGGGCAUGACCGGGUAGCUGUGUGCUGCCAGGCACAUGGGCACCUGGCUGCCAGCGGCAGGAGCGUGGGCCCGUCUCUCCUUUUAUCGUCUGUGUUUCGUUAGGUGUCCAUCCUGCCAACCAGGGCAUCCUCAUUGUCCGGGCUCUGGUAACAAGUGGGCCCCACGAGCUGGAGCAGCGGAUUCAGGGAUGCCCUUGACCCAGAGCUCCCCACAGGCCUGGCAUGCUUCCUCCAGGGCUCAUCCCUUUCCCCAGGCUGCCCUGUGGGAGGCCAAAGUUUGAACCCUUGUGUGGGGUCAGUGGGCAGGGGUAGUGGACUGAGGUGCCAAACUCUUUAAGCAUGAGGAGGAAGAACUGUCAGGGAGCUCCUAUCUCACUGGAGGACUGCGGCGAGGGUGGGAGUCCCAGCGGGGAGAGAGCCGGCAGGUUCUGCAGCUGCCUCAGCUGGGACACAAGACCUCAGGGACUUGUUCCCUCCCCUCUGCACAGCUAAGCUGCAGCUCUCUGAUCCUCUCCUCCCACUGCUUUUUACUCUUUGCUGCCUCCCCCAUCCCCUUCCUUUUUUCCCCUAGAAAAGCCUGGUAUUUAGCUCAGGCCAGACCUUCUCAGCAGAAAGGUGGCCCUGGGCAAAACUGGAGGUGGCGGUGCCCCACCUCCGGCAAGGCCUCGGUGGCUCAUGGCCUCUGCUUUCCCUCUCCUGGUGCAGGAGCACCCUGGGGCCUUGCCCACAUGAAUCACCUGCAUGCCUGAAUUCUGCAUCGCUGGAUGUAGCUGCUGGCCCUGCAGACUUGACUUGCUGUUGGCCCACUUGGCCUCCAGAAUGGGACUGGAGGAUAUAGCUGAGAGGCUGGAGUUCGGGACAGUUAGCUAGAGGUUAAUGUUUUCUCCUUUUUUUUUUUGAGAGCCGAAGACCCAGCUUGAAUAAUUCUGCUGCUGCGUUCAUGGUUAUAAGCUUUCCAUGCCUGGGUUCUGGGGAAUUUAUCUAUUCAUGUAUAUUUUUAAACAUUGUUUCCUGGGUACUGGGCAUGUGCCUGUCUGAGCCCCAGGCCUAUCUGUCCACACUCCACCAUCCACUCUGUUUGUCUCUCCCUGGGCAUCUCCUGAGAUGGUCUCAAGACAGUGCCCUAUUGGUUUGUAGGACUAGGGCCCAUCACUGUUUUUUUCUGCCAGGAAACGUAGUUUAAAAAUGGCUAAAGAUGGCAGAGGGCAGGAGCUUGAUAGAUGAUCUUUUCCUUGUUAUUUUCUGUUUUGGAAAUGAAAGGGGGUUUUAAAUGGUCAUUUGAACUCUUUUCCAAAUAAAGGUUUACCUUUCCCCCCUACUGUUGGUUAUUUUAUGAGGAUCCUGAAAGGCAUGGGGGAGGGAAGGCCUGGGGAAUGAGGUGGGCAGAGAAGAAGAGACUGAUCCUGGGGUGGGGCCUCAAACCUGAGAUCUAGACCAGAGAAAAGGGUUAUCAUCUCCCUCUGGUAACUGAGCAGAUGCUCACUACUCUGAGGCCUGGGAGGAACGGCUUGAGCGCAGCCUCCUGCCCAGACUUUCGUGGGGUGCAGCUCUCUUCUCCAUCCUCGCCAAGCUAGAGGAGAAUACUGCUUUCAGCUGCUCUCAUUCUUAUUCCAUCUGCUGCCCCUGUACCUCCCGUACCUCUGCCUAGUCCAAGCAGAGGAGGAUCUGUGGCGAAAGCAGGAUGAGAAGUGUUUUCCUGGUCAAAGCUGUGGCGGCUGCGUGAGGCAUGAUGCACGUGGCAGAUGCCUCUUGCCGCGCUUCUACUUUUCAUCAUCUCUUCUGUGUUCAGGAGCCAGGGCUGAGCUGUGAGCCACCUGUUGCUGGCAAGGUUUCUCAUCUUUCCUGGGCCUCACUCUGCUGGGACUUCGUCUUCCUCCGGCCUUCCUGUGCAGCAGGUCCACCAGCCCCUGUGCCCGUGGGAAGAAGCCCUGAGACAGGUGUGGUUUUCUGCCUUACCUGAACAGAAUCCCAGACCCCACACCUCUGAAUCAGUACCUGAGAAUCUGGGUUAUUUAAAGCUACCUGGGUACCAGUUGAACCACCUGGGCUGGGAUUUAGCCAGGGAUUAGGAACACCACUUGUCAUCUUGGCCUGGUCACUUGGUGAUUGUGGGUAACUUAACCCCUCCCUAUGUUGCACAUAUCUUGGUGAAAGAGAAAUUAAAAGUAAUAUUCUUUUCCAUGUGUGA